AUGCGAGCGCACACUUCGCUGCAAGACUGGGCGCAGCAAGGGGUGUUGCUGCUCAACACUUGUUUGACAGUAGAGGAAGGCCGCCCCGCCAGCCAUGCCCAUUGGGGCUGGGAGGUGUUGAGCGAUGCCAUCAUCGCCGCUGUCGCGGCCAAGCCGCAAGCCGUGGUAUUCAUGCUCUGGGGCAAGCAUGCACAGAGCAAGCAAGCGCUGAUAGCCGCGCAUAACGCCGAUGGGCGGCAUUUGGUAUUGUGUGCCAACCACCCAUCGCCUUUGUCUGCCAAUAAAGCUCCUGUGCCAUUCAUGGGUUGUGGCCACUUUGCAAAAGCCAGCAACUAUUUGGCGAGCAAAGGGCUGCUUGUGCCGCAGUGGUGA